UUUGUACCCCCAUUUCAAAGCUGUAAAGUUUCAAAAGCAAGAACAAAAAAUAAAAAAGUUUUCUGUCAUCAAGUAGAAGUUUGUAUUUGCCUUUAUUGCAACUGGCCCAGCAAACCUCCUAGGUGGGGUGUGGUCGGAGGUUUCCGACCGGGUUCUUUCGUUGGAUUUUUUUUCAAGAAUUUUUUUUCAAGUAAUUUCAACAUCCCUAUCCUUUAGCUUCUUCUAUCCCCAUAAUUCCCGCGACAAGAUGUCUGCCCCGGUCCCGCCCGUUUGGAGCAAGGCGGCGAAGAACUCGGAGGAGUACAAGAAUUACAUGGCGGCCAAAAUUUUUAUGUGGCUGACCCGCGCGAAGAUCACGCGGCUGUACCGGCGGGUGUACCCGCUGUGCGAGGCGCUUUUCCGGGACCACGUGCACCAGAAGGGGAAAAGAGCCUUCGAGGACGGCGACGAGGCGUUCGAGGUGCUCUCCGUCGCGCCCGAACACAAAAAGCAGCAGUACGACUUCCAGUGCGUGUUUGGGCUCUGGGAGGAGGAGGAGCUUUCCGUGAAGAUGUUCCGCACUUUAUUUCGGGUUUGGAUGACGCGCAACGUCGAGACCGCGCCGAAGACCCACGUGAAACUGCUGCUGUACCGGUUGCCGAAACGGGACCAAUCCAUCCUGUAUUCUCCGUCGGACUCCGAGGGCGACAGCGAGUCCGAGUACGAGAAGAUCGGCGAGAUUGAGGUGAAGGUGAGGUCCAGAAAGACGAAGUUGGAACGGCGCGCCGCGCGGAAGGACGUGGAUGGGGCAAACACGUUACUCGAAUACGUGAAACGGAAGAAAAACUGGAAGAAGGGCUGCCGGCCCGACCCGGCCUGGACGCAGCCCCACAUCAACUACACGCUGUACGAGAAAGCGAAGAAAGCCUGGGAAGCGGAGCGGGCCGCGCACCACGGCCUGACCGCGAAAUUCCAGAAUUUCGGGGCGGAAGAAGCGGAUGGCAGUACUUUGAUGAACGGGGUGAAGCGGUCGCUGCAGAUGAAGCACUCGAAAUUGGGAUUUCGCGGGAAGCAUGAGACGGAAUUCCUGAAAAUCAUGAAGGAGCGCGACGGACACGACAAAAGAGAUUUAAGAGACGCAGGGUUGGAGGAUGUUCACGAGGCCUUUCACUGUGGGAAAUGCUUGGAGGAGCAGGGGUGGAGACCGGUAUUUCUACCUUUUGCGUUUAUUCUAUGUAUGAUUGAAUGCUUUGUGUAUUGCGUUUGCGUGGUGAUCAUGCCCUUUAGGUUUAGUGCGGAAACCUGGUCGUGCUACGCUGCUAAGGAUGACCCAGCACCCGCAGAAGUCACGCUUGAUCCCACCAUCUCUACCAAUUUUCCAAAACUCUUUUCUCAGGACUACGUCUAUCACGUGGCCUCCCUGUCCGGUGAGCAGGCCGCCCAGGGUUUGAACCCGAAAAGACGCAUUGUGAUUGACGAGUCGCUAGUCGAUCUGCUCUGCGACGGCGUCUGCAGCUACGCGCGGGUGUACAAACUCGCGAAAGGCAUUGCGGACGACAUGGAGUGGCGCACCACAGAGGAGUUUGACCCGGAUUUGUACAACCCGAAAAAGCGCAAGCACAGUGGCGAUUCCGGCGCGAACGGAAACGGAAAUGGGAACAACAACAACUCCGGGUCGCUACUGGAUGAGGAGGAGGACGACAAGCACAAAUCUCUCUUCGAACUCCCGGAAGAGAAGGAGAAACUCCCCUGUAAAACCCUCUGUUUGGUUCUCCCGGACAAGUACUGUGUGUAUUUAUCCACCUUAUUCACGAUGGACAGCCGGGAGACGCCGCAACUGAACCCGGGGGACGUUGCGUGCUACCAGACCUUCGAGCCCCUGCGCAACUACAGCGCGGGGACGCUGUGGGGGAAGAUUCUAUACGGCAGCUGCUUCGACGGGGAACAGUCCAUGUUUGGCACCAAAUCCUCCCGGAGGACGAGUUUGCUGUCCUCCAUGGGCAUCAGCUCGGACUAUCGGGGUUCGAACCGCCCGAGCUCCGCGCAAUCCCGAAACAGCAACAGCACGACAAACUCCGACCACUUCCACACGCAUCAUGGUCAACAUCACAAGCAACCGGCCCGGAACCCGCGGGAAUUGAUCUUUCCGGAAAAGGUGUUUUUCUCCCGGAAGCAGAAGCUGAUCGAGUUCGCCCGGAGUUGGAUCGACACGCCGCAUUUGCCGAAAGAGAGCUACUGCGAGGACUAUUUGUGGUACGGGACGAGAUCGCUGUGGGACCAGAACAUCGGGGCGGGCAUGGUCUGGGACGAACCGCCGAAGUACACACUGAACAUGGUGCAGGAGGAGUGCGAGAAGCAAGCCUCGUUGCUCGCGACCUUUGAGAAGGACCCGCUGCGACAGUGGCGGUUUUGGACGUUCCGGAAGCAGGAUUUUCGGUUGGGCGAAAAGUACGUGGGCGAAGCGAACGAAUUUCUCGACCAGCGCGCGGCCUACUUCGAGGAAAGGAACCAAAAGGCGGAGGGGGGCGGGAAGAAGAAGGCGGGGAAGAAAGAUAAGAAGGAAUCCCCGGGCAAAAAAGCGAAGGCGGGGAAAGCGAAGGGCGGAGGUGCCAAGCCCGACGCACAGGAGGGGCCGGACCCAAAUGACUACCUGGACUUCAUCACGGGCUGAUAGAAGGCACUUCCAGAUGGAUUUUUUGAAGACGCUCUACAGAAAAAUGUUUCUGUUUCGCAUUACAAUUUUUCGUUUCGAAGUUUAUUGAUCGAGCGCAGCAAAAAGGUCAACGUUGUGGAUUUUUCUCCACUCCGAGCUAGAUGAUCGGAUAGUCCGUCCGUUUCAACACUCUCCCUUGUUCGUUUUGUUCGACAAUGCGUUUGUGUGCGGGGG